AUGUCCAUAGUCUAUAACAAAACUCCUUUACUACGUCAAAUAUUUCCUGGUAAAAACUCACCACAAUUCUUUUUAAAAUAUGAAUGUUUGCAACCAAGUGGUAGCUUUAAAAGUAGAGGUAUAGGCAACUUAAUACUUCGAAAUGCAAUUAAUAUACAGAAAAAAUUCACCAAUCAAAAAAUACCACAUAUAUUUGCUAGUUCAGGUGGAAAUGCAGGUUUUGCAGCUGCCACCGCCUGUCAAAGAUUAUCUUUACCCUGUACCGUCGUUGUGCCAACAGCAACAAAGAAAAGAAUGGUGGAAAAAAUUAAGGCCACUGGUGCCAACGUUAUCAUCAACGGAAGCCAUUGGAAGGAAGCUGAUACCUAUUUAAAGAAUCAUGUAAUGUCUAAAAUCGAUAAGUCUUCUAUUGAACCCGUUUAUGUACAUCCAUUCGAUAAUCCAACCAUAUGGGAGGGCCAUUCUACUAUGGUUGAUGAGAUUAUAGCCACUUUAAAGGAACAAAAAAUUGAUAUCUUUAAAAACGUUAAAGGAAUCGUAUGCAGUGUAGGUGGUGGUGGUUUAUAUAAUGGUAUAAUACAAGGUUUGGAGAAAUAUAACUUGGCAGAUAAAAUACCAAUUGUGGGUGUAGAGACACACGGGUGCCACGUCUUUAACACCUCAAUGAAGUUAGGCAAACAAGUGGAAUUCGACAAAAUUACUAGUAUCGCUACCUCAUUAGGAACUGCUAGCAUAUCAAAACAAACUUUUGAAUAUGCCAAAAAAUAUCUCACAAGAUCUGUUGUUGUUGAUGAUGCAAGUGUAAUUGAGACUUGUUUAAAAUAUGUACAUGAUUUUAAUAUGGUAGCCGAACCUGCAAUGGGUGCCUCUUUGCACAUGGCUUAUAACGUAAAUUUAUUGGAGGAUGCGUUGGGCCACAAAUUGACGCCAAGAGACAUUAUCUUAAUCAUUGCGUGUGGUGGUUCUUCGAACACCAUUCAAGAUUUACAAGAAACAUUGAUAAAAUUAAAAAAUCAAAAACGGGAAUUAUCAACUUACAAAUUGGCUAAUUUUGAUAAGUGUAAUACACAAAGUAUUCUUCAACAAAUAUAA